AUGGCUCCUGCUUUGAUUGACUCUACCCAAGACUCGGGUGCCGAGCAAAUCUUUGUGAAAGACCAACUACAACAAGGAUACAAAGAGGCCUUUGCUCAAGGUCCCAAGACGACAAACUACGACAAUGAAUUGAAAGGUGUUGGAAAGCACCCACCAGCAAAGUAUCCUCACUACCUUCCUGUGUGGGACAACGAGAAGGACAUUGGAGGAAAGUACCCACCCAACCAGCCUUUUGAGGCCUAUGAACAUGGAAAGGAUGCCGAUCCAUCUUCCAAGAACCUUCUUAGAGGAGCCACUUCGGUUGAGGAGCUUACUGCCAACAUUGGUGCAGAAGUCAAGGGUAUCCAGCUGAGCAAACUCGACAAGGCUGGCAAGGACGAGCUGGCUCUCUUUGUCGCACAAAAGAAAGUCGUCGCUUUCCGUGAUCAAGAUUUUGCAGACCUACCAAUCCAAGAAGCCCAAGACUUUGCCGAAUAUUUUGGGCCAUCGCACAUCCACCCUGCAUCUGGCGCUCCAAAGGGCUUCCCAAAAGUCCACUUGGUUCAUAGAUCCGCAGCCGACACAACCGCCAAAGACUACUUCGAGGAACGCACCAACAGCAUAACCUGGCACAGCGAUGUGACCUACGAACAGCAGCCUCCAGGCACCACAUUCCUGUACAUCCUGGACGGACCCUCUGCAGGUGGCGACACUUGUUUCGUCAAUCAAGCAGAAGCUUAUCGCAGAUUGUCUCCAGAGUUCCAGAAGCGUUUGCAUGGCCUCAAGGCUUUGCAUUCUGCGCACGAACAGGCGCAAAACGCUCUUUCUCGUGGCAGCAUCGUAAGGCGUGAUCCCGUUGCCAACACUCAUCCAGUGGUUAGGACACACCCUGCCACUGGUGAAAAGGCUUUGUUCGUGAACCAGCAGUUUGUGAGACGCAUCGUAGGAUACAAGAAGGAGGAGUCGGACUACUUGCUCAAGUUCCUAUAUGACCACAUUGCGUACUCGCAGGAUAUCCAGGCCAGAGUCAAGUGGGCUCCUGGAACUGUCAUUGUUUGGGACAACCGUGUCACUGCUCACAGUAAGCUACAAAUCGUCGUUUGUUCUCUUCGAAAACAUGCUGACAUUACCCUUCUUAGCCNNGCCAUUCUUGAUUGGCAGGAUGGUCAACGACGUCAUCUUGCUCGCUUGACUCCUCAGGCCGAACCACCAUACGAGACUCCUUUCGAGGAGUCAAGCAAGUAA